AGAGAGUAUAGGCGAAAGCAACGUUGACGAAGAGCUUGUGACGCCUUUACACUUUUAUGUAUAUGAUCAUCGCUUCGUAAAGUACUUUCGAGAUAGAUAUAAGGAGAAAUCUUUGAGCAAAAACAUUCAUAAAGUAUGAUACCGCGCGUCUGCCUCUUAAUUGUCGGAACUUUAAAUUGUUUCAUACAAGUCCUACUUUUCAACAGUUUACUGCAGCACAUAAGAGGAGACUACAUUUUCUAAAACAGUCUCUUUCUAAUAAAUCUCAAUUUUUAUUUCCUAACAAAUUUUAAAGCGUCAAGGAAAUUACCUCAAAAAAUGUCACAAAUGCCCUCUUUACCAUUAGUAUACGUGAGCCCAACGCACACUCGCGCGCCCGUCGAGUUAUUGGCGCACAUCGGCACACAUCAGUCGCGAGGCUCGCGAGGGGAGGAGAUAUAACUCGGGAUAGAACUCAUCAGCAGAGCAGCUACCACUUCCAAGUUCCAGUCAGUCGUUGCGCUGCUCCGGUUCCAAGUGGUUUUGUCCUCUCAACAGCGCUCCCGUGCCUGCACCUCUGUACAUUCGAACCUCUAUAUAUAUCUCUGCGAAAGGAAGGCCGAAGGACCCACUUGAUCAUGGCGCAGGGCGCGAGAUUCUCAGCCUCCUUGGCGUGCAAUCUGCUCAAGAGCAACGGCAAUGCCGCCGUUUCCGUGAGACACGGAUCAUGGUGGUCUCAUGUUGAGAUGGGACCACCUGAUGCCAUCCUUGGUGUCACAGAGGCUUUCAAGCGAGACCAGAAUCCAAAGAAAAUCAAUCUUGGAGUAGGUGCUUACCGAGAUGACAAUGGCAAACCUUUUGUGUUGCCAAGUGUUUUGAAGGCUGAAGAAAACCUGCGCAGCAAAGGCUUGGACAAGGAAUACUCCCCAAUUUCUGGAAGUCCAGAAUUCUGUAAACAUACCAUCAACUUGGCACUUGGAGAUGAUAAUCAAGUAGUUCCAAAUGGCCUUAACUCCACUGUGCAAGGAAUUUCUGGAACAGGCUCCCUCUGUAUUGGUGCCAAUUUUCUCUCUCACUUCUUCCCUGGUAGAAAGGACAUUUAUUUGCCUACACCAUCGUGGGGAAACCACACACCUCUCUUCAAAUUGGCAGGAUUGACUGUCAAGCAGUACAAGUACUAUGACCCCAAGACAUGUGGACUUGACUUCCAGGGUGUUCUAGAUGACAUUUCUAAAAUCCCGGAAAAAUCCAUAAUUCUUUUGCACGCCUGUGCUCACAAUCCUACCGGUGUGGAUCCUAAACCAGAGCAAUGGGCUGAAUUAUCUCAGCUUAUCAAGAAGAAGAAUCUAUUCCCGUUCUUUGAUAUGGCUUAUCAAGGCUUUGCAUCUGGUGAUGUAUUGAAAGACUCGCUAGCAGUAAGAUUAUUUAUCAAAGAAGGCCAUCACAUUGCAUUAGCUCAAUCUUUUGCUAAGAACAUGGGAUUGUAUGGUGAGCGUGUCGGAGCCUUCACACUGGUCAACGGUGACAAAGAUGAAGCAGCGCGUACGCUUUCUCAAAUCAAAAUUCUCAUCAGGCCGAUGUACUCCAAUCCACCGAUUAACGGCGCUCGCAUCGUCACCGAAAUUUUGGGCAACCCAGAGCUCAAGAAGCAGUGGUUGGUCGAUGUCAAGGGAAUGGCUGAUCGUAUCAUCUCAGUACGUACCACACUUCGUGACAAUUUGAAGAAGAACGGCAGCACCCGCGACUGGUCUCACAUUACCGAUCAAAUCGGAAUGUUCUGCUUCACUGGACUGAAGGCCCCCGAGGUCGAAAGGCUUACUAAGGAAUUUAGUAUUUAUCUUACCAAAGAUGGUAGAAUAUCGAUGGCUGGAGUAACGUCGAAAAACGUAGAGUAUUUGGCCCACGCUAUCCAUGAAGUUACCAAGUAAUUAUCUCCAGCCAAAAGUCAAGUUUUCCAUCGUAAUGACAAUGAAAAAUACUUUUCUAUUGUGCACUUAAAUAUAAAAACGACACGAGUGUCCAUUCUAGACUCACAUAUGAACUAUUAUACUACUGUAUUUUAUUGUUAAGAAAAAGAGAGUGAAAACGGUAGCAAGAGAGAAAAAAUAAUAGUGCAUUUACCUCAGCAUGUUAUUUUUGUAAAAAAUCACUGCUGGCAGUGUAGUGAAUGCAUGUUUUAAUAUCUCCUACCAACGAAACGCGUUUAACAAACUAAGUGCAUUCCUUUUAUGCUUCGUCGAAAUUUUAUAGAGAUAUAUUACUGUUAUAGAAAUAUAUACACUGUACUUUGUAUUUUUCUUUGGAUAUUAAUCUAGUCUUUUCCUAUAUAAAAAAAUUGAAAUGAGAAUCCUUGCUGCUAUUCAAAUUUAUUGAUGAAACUUUAUGAAUGAAUGGUUGUCGAAUGAAAUAAAAAAAAUGAAUCGGUUAAUUUACCCA